AUGGAUUCUACCUCCUUUCUCGAGCGAUAUCGCCAAUUAGGCACGAUCGACCAGCAAAAAAAUCAGCUCAUCGAGGAACUCCUACAACGUGUGACCGAACUCGAGAACUCUUUCCAGCAGGAGAAACUGGACCAUGAACGCGAGACUCGUUUCAAUCGUGAUAUUCAGCUUCAUGAAAUGGAGUUGAUGCAACAAAUACACCAAAUCAAGUCCAUUAUGGACCGAGAACCAUUCGUCGUCCUUCUUUUAGACGGAGAAGGCAUUAUUUUCAAGGAUGAAUACCUCCAGCAGGGCGAAGAGGGCGGUUGCAAUGCGGCGAAGCAACUCUACACCAGCCUGAACAAAUAUUUGACUACGAACCUCCCGAAUAUUAAAGUGCCGAAGCUAUUGACAAAGAUCUACUUGAAUGUGAGAACUUUCAGUGAGCUGUGCACUCGGGCUGGGCUUGUUUCAGACCCCUCUACGAUUCACGACUUCAUUCGAGGCUUCAAUGAGACAAUGUCAUUCUCCGAGAUUGUGGAUAUUGGGUCCGGCCAAAACAAGGCCCUCGAUAAAAUGAAAGAGACACUCCAAAUCUUCCUUUACAACUGCCAUUGCCACCAGAUCUUUCUGGGCUGUCCGUCAAAUAGCGAGUACACCAACUUCCUCGAGGACAUACUGAAAGAAGGCGAUCUCACCGGUCGCAUUUCUCUUGUGGAAGGCGUUACAUUCGAGAAAGAACUGGAGACCGUGAAGACCUCAUACCGGAUUGCUAAAUUCCCAGAAGUUUUCCGGACAUCCAAAUUGACACCCAUCUGGGCCCCGGCUUGGAAGAAUACAUUGCCUACACGAUCAAUGCUCACCCCGUCUCCAUCGCGACAAUUUUCAAAUCCCCCACCUCUGUCGCGUACCUCUACCAACACCAGCGUGUCGGGUGCCGGUGCUCCUCUGGCCACUAUCACACCCAACGACGAUACUGCGUCUCCCGACUUUCAGCAAGUCGUCCGUUCCAGAACGGUUGCGUCUACUUCGCCUCCUAAAGCCGUGGAGAGAAAUAAGUAUGGGCAGCGGGUGGACCGCCUGGACUUCAAGAGCAUCCCUCGCGAUGAACUGAAUCGCCUGAAGAAGCUGAAGCUGUGCAAUUAUCAUUUCCUGCUCGGAGAGUGCCCCAACGAAGAAAACUGCUACCAUGAUCACGAUCGCAAAUUGACACGGCAAGAGCUUCAUAUCCUGUCGGCUAUUGCUCGCAUGACUCCCUGCCGUUUUGGGCUGGAGUGUGAUGACCCCGAGUGUAUCUACGGCCACCGUUGCCCUCAGAGCGAGCCUGGUAAGAAGACCUGCUUCCGCGGUGACAGCUGUCGUUUCGAUCCAGUGGCGCACGGUAUCGAUACGAAUAUCGUCAAGGUCACAAAGGUCUAA